AACUAAUGUCAUAUUCAUACAAAGCAACUCACAAGUCUCACCAUACGAUAUUUCAUUCCGUUACAUUAUUUUUAUUUCAUUAUUACAAUUACAUUCCUUUUUGUUACUUUAUCGUAAUUCUCCAAACGUCAAAUACUUGUUUUCUAUUUUUAUAGACAUUACACAUUGGUUUUCCAAAACUAUUUUUGUUUUCACACUGUAUAUUUACAUUACGCUGUCGUCCGUUCAGAAGACUCGAAAACUCAUCCAAGACAAGUUUAAACAAAACGGACGACUACAAAUUUUUUUUCUCGAGCACAAAAAUUAUUGUUAUCAACUGCUGAAAAAAUGGCAACUGGAAUUAGACGUGACAUUCAUUUGAGACAAGAUAAAGUACUCUCUGAAAACAUUUCUCGGGGAGCCAAAGAUUUGAAAAGCGGUAUAACAGCCCCAAGAAGACCCGUGUUAAAUGAUAUUAGCAGUAAUUUGCAACCAACCCAAAAUGCUAAUCAAAAGGGUAAAAUCGCCGUUCCUAAACCAUCUACUAGACUUACGGCCAAUUUAAACCGUACAACAACAACCUUGACAGCACCAAAACUUAACUCAACCAAAACUGUAGUUAAAGUCAGUUCUACUCUCAAAGAAAAUGUAUCAAGCAUUCCUAAAGCUAUUAUUAAGCCUAGGCUCACUAGCAUGGUUAGACCCUACAAAGGAACGUUGACCAGGAGUUCAUCACUUCGUAGCAAAUCGAUUAAUUCCUUAACUGAAGUUCAAAAGAAAGAACAAGAAUGGCUUGCUGCUUGUAAAGUGGAUGCUGUCGAUAAGAAUGAUGAACAUGACCCUUUCCUUGUUGGAAUUUACUCGAAAUCUAUAUUUGAAUACUUAUUGACUUUAGAAGACAAGUACAUGAUUUCGCCAGAUUAUUUAGCCAAUCACAAAUAUAUAACUCCUUCCAAUCGUAGUGUGGUAGUGGACUGGCUCGUUGAAGUGCAACAAGAAUUCCAACUUAUGCAGGAAUCGCUUUAUACUGCUGUCGGGAUUCUAGAUCGCUAUUUACAAGAUAAUGUAAAUGUUCCACGAAACAAGCUACAAUUAAUUGGAGCCACAAGUCUUCUUCUUGGAUGCAAAUAUGAAGAAAUUUACGUACCUGAAAUCAAUGACUUUGUCUACUUAUCGGACAAUGCAUUCACUAAAGAAGAAGUCAAAUCUAGUCUGGUAGACGUUUUUCGUGUUUUAAACUACUCGCUUUCCAGACCGUUUUCUUUAACCUUUUUAAGAAGGUUUAGCAAAGUCUCUGGUGCUCGAUCAUCACAACACUCUUUAGCUAAAUACUUUUUGGAAUUAUCGUUAGUUGACUACAAUCUGGUACAUGUCAAACCGUCUGAAAUGGCAGCAGCUGGUUUGUUGUUAGCAAUUGUGAUUACUAAUGAUCCUCAAUUGGAAGAUGAACCUGAAGAUGUCCAUUCACUGUUAUCAUUAUACUGGACAGAAGUAUUAAGAAAACACUCAACCUAUAAAAUUAAUGAUAUUAUUCCUACCGUUCAAGCACUUGCUAAAUUAGCUCUGAAUGCUCCUGAAUGGAAAUACAAAGCUGUCUACAAAAAAUAUCAAAGUGCGAAAAUGGGAAGAAUAACAGGAAGUUCCUUGCUAUGUUCACCGGCUAUGAGGUUUAUUGCGCAGAUGAGUUAAUUAUGUUUUUUUUUUUUUUUUAACUUAAUUGGCCUCUUAAUAAUUUUUUUAUUAUUUUUUUUUUUUAUAUAUAUUGUUUCUAUCGA